AUGGCCGGCCACAUGGACCUAGCGGAAUACCUUUUCCGAAGAAUCCAUCAGAUUGGCGUGAGAGCGGUCCACGGCGUGCCGGGGGACUACAACCUGACUGCGUUGGACUACAUCGAGCCCGCCGGCCUGAGCUGGGUCGGCAAUGCCAACGAGCUGAACGCCGGGUACGCGGCCGACGGGUAUGCGAGGAUCAGGGGCGUCUCUGCUCUGGUCACGGCCUUUGGCGUGGGCGAACUCUCGGCCAUCAACGCCGUGGCCGGCGCGUACGCGGAGAGGGCGGCCGUCAUCCACAUCGUCGGCGCCGUUCCCACCCACGUCCAGGAGCAAGGCUUGUGCAUGCAUCAUUCCCUGGGAGAUGGGAACUUCCGCGUCUUCGCCGACAUGGCGGCCAACAUCACCGUGGCGCAGGCCAACCUGACCGACGCUGAGACGGCCGCGGCCGAAAUCGACAGAUGCCUCCGAGAAUGUGUGCUGCAGAGUCGCCCCGUCUACAUCGAGCUGCCCACCAACAUGGUCAAGGCGAGAGUGUCGGCCGCCGGCCUGGCCAGCCCGAUUGACCGUUCGUUGCUGGUGCCGGCCAACGACGAGGCCGUCGAGGACAGCAAGGCCGACCUCAUCCUCGGCAAGAUCUAUGCGUCCAAGCAGCCGUUCAUCAUUGUCGACGGCUUCACCUCUCGCUACGGCAUCCGCGACGAAGCUGACGAGCUGGUCCGAGUCACCGGGUUCCCCACGUCCACCACUCCAUUUGGCAAGGGCAUCGUCAACGAGACAUACCCCAAUUUUCAUGGCAUCUAUGCCGGCAUGGCCGGCAAGCAGAUCUACAUGCCUUGGGCCCGGGGAUGCGACGUCGUCAUCCGACUUGGUCCCUUGCCCAGCGACGUCAACACCUUCGGGUUUAGUACGACGCCAGAUCCCACCAUCACCAUCACCUUCGAGCGUGACUCCGUCGAGAUCGAGGGCACGCAAUACCGAGGCCUGCACGUCAAGUCGCUUCUGCGGAAGAUCCUGACCAGACUCGACAAGACCAAGUUACCCAAAUACGACCCGUAUCCCGACCUGGGCGAUCUGAGAGCGCAGCUGAAGGCGUUGCCCCCGACGGGCAAGGACGACACCAUUGACCAAGCCACGUUUUGGCAGCGCAUCUCGAAUUUCUUACAGCCCGGCGACAUCGUGUUGACCGAGACAGGCACGCCCUCCGUCGGUGGCCGAGAUAUCGUCCUGCCACCCAACACCACCCUCAUCAACUCCUCGAUCUGGCUCUCGAUCGGAUACAUGCUGGGCGCGUGUGCCGGGGUAGCAUUGGCUCAGCGCGAGAUGGUCGCCGAAGGAAGCCAGCCGCAAGGCCGUACCGUCCUCUUCGAAGGCGACGGCAGUCUGCAGAUGACGGUGCAAGUCUUCUCGGAUAUCAUCCGCAACCGGCUGGAUGUGGUGGUGUUCGUCAUCAACAACGACGGAUACACGAUCGAGAGAUGGAUCCACGGCAUGAAGGCCGGGUACAACGACAUCCCUCCGUGGAGAUACCUCGACGCGCCCACCUUUUUCGCCGCCCCCGAGCACGACCCUGCCUAUCCCGUCUUCACCAAGCGCGCUGAGACCUGGGGCGAACUGAACGACGUCUUGGCCAACCCCGAUCUCCAACGCGGCAAAGGGCUCAAUAUCGUCGAGGUCAUCAUGGCCAGAGAUGACGCCCCCGAGGUUCUGAAGAGGUUGGUCGAGAGUACCUCGCGCCGCAAUAGUGGUGUCUCCGAACGGCCCAAGGCCAUCACUCAUGAGGAGAAGGUCAUGAAGGUUGCCGGCUGA